UGCAGGUAGAUAAAAACCUCAAAAGAGCCACUGUUCGCCAUUCUGCUCAGAAGCUUUUCAGGAGCAUUCAGAAGAUUCCAGAGUUCGAGCGUCUCCACCAUGCAGACAUACAGGAGCAGGAUGCAUCUGGUGUGCACUUUGGGGCUUUUCCUGGCCUUGCUGCAUCUCUCUGACUCGCUGCUGCUGGGAGCCUUUAACAUCAGAUCCUUCGGAGACACCAAAGCCUCCAACUCCACUCUGAUGAACAUCAUUACCAAGAUUGUCCAACGCUAUGACGUCAUUCUGAUCCAAGAGGUCAGAGACGCUGAUCUCUCAGCCACCCAAACACUCAUGGAGUACGUCAACAAAGAUUCUCCUCAGUACAAACACAUCGUCAGCGAGCCUCUCGGAGCGAGCACCUAUAAAGAGCGAUAUCUCUUCCUUUACAGUUAUACAGCUGUUUCUGCAUCACACUGAUAAUGAUGUGGAUCCUCAUUCAAACAUUAGUGCGUGAUGGUUCCUGGGAUAUGUUCGUCACUAGUCCAACUCUUCUUCGUUCCCUUCUCUCCUGUAGCUGUGAGAGACUUCACUCUGAUCCCUCAGCACACUUCCCCUGACUCAGCUGUUCAGGAACUAAAUGCUCUCUAUGACGUGGUGGCAGACGUCCGCGCUCGCUGGAACAAUGAUGACAUCGUGCUGCUGGGUGACUUCAACGCAGGUUGCAGUUAUGUGUCCGGGUCUGACUGGCAGCAGAUCCGCAUCUUCACUGACAAGACUUUCCAUUGGCUGAUCACGGAUGCGGCCGACACUACCGUGUCUCAAACCGCCUGCCCUUACGACAGGAUUGUGGUCACUGCGGACAUGAUGAGAGGAGUGGUGAAAGACAGUGCUAAGGUCUAUGACUACAUGACGGACUUGAAUCUCAAACAAGAUCUGGCGCUGGCUGUCAGCGACCACUUCCCUGUGGAGGUGAAGCUGAGCGGUUCGGCUCACGUUGCUUGAACCGUGACUUCCACAAGCUUUCCACACAUCGUGCUCAAUCUGCAGCCAGCACAGUGAUCAUUCAGUUGGGGACUACUGUCAGCCACAGCUUCAUGAAAUGCAAAUGCACAAUAAAGCUACUAAAAAAUG